AGAGAACGAGCUGAAAAGGGUCGUUUCUUGAGCUCGAAGGGUGUCCAUUUAUGUGCAUUUUUGAGCUAGAAAUGAACUCCAAGUUUGUUGAUUUUUUAUUUCUAUAUGAUUACAUAGAAAAAAAUAUAGUUGGGUUUUAGUGCAAUUAGUCAUAGAUCCAUACAUAGAAAGUAAGAAGAGAGAGAGAGAGAGAGAGAGCUGAAAAGUUGGUGUCUUGAACCAUAAGGGUAAGAUUUUUGUGCAUUUUAGCAAGAAAUGAGCUCCAAUUUUGCAAAUAUUGAUUUUCUUAUGGCUAUAUAGAAACAGUUAUAUAGUGGGGUAUCAAGACAAUUAGUCAUAGGUCCAUACCUAGAGAGAGAGAGAGAGAGAGAGAUGAAAAAGUGGCUUCUUGCAAAUUUCAUCUACAAAAUGAACUUGCAAAUUUGCAUAUAUUGAUUUCUGUAUGGGGUAGCUGUGCAAUUAGUCAUAGAUCCAUACAUAGAAAAUAAAGUGUGUGUAAGAGAGAGAGCUGAAAAAUGUGGUUUCUUGAACACAAAGGGCAACCAUUUUAUUCAUUUUCAACAAGAAAUGCACUUCAAGUUUGCAGAUAUUGAUUUGUAUAUGGCUAUUUAGACAUAUAUAUAGUGGGCGUCAGUGAAAUUAGUCAUAGAUAAAUCCUUUUGGUUUCUUUUGUUUUUUUUGUUUUUAGUAUCCUAUUGGUUCUUUAAUCUGAAGUUGGUGUUUGAUCAAUCUUGGAAUCUUGGAUUGAAAUGGAUAGUAAUAAUAAUACAGCAUCAGCUCAAGGACCAACACCACCAGCUGAGGAGCUGUUAAAGAAGAUUAAAGAACUGGAGGCAGGUCAUGCCCAGAUGAAGCAGGAGAUAUCUAAGCUCAUGAUUUCUGAUGAUCAGAGAUCACAUAGACAAAGGUCCCACUCUAUCUCCCCACAGCGGCCGCCUCGUCUUAGGGGUGGUGGUGGCUUUGAUGGUGGUACUGCUAUGUGGAAAAGGGGUUCAACCUCUUUCCGCCAUUCGUCACCAUUGCAAAGAGAGAGUAGUAGUAAAGGUGAGAGAGACAAUGGUAAUGGUGGAAGCUCUGCUGCAGUGAAAUUUACUGAUAGACAGUAUUUGAAUAUAUUACAGUCAAUGGGACAAGCAGUGCAUAUAUUUGAUCUCAAUGGUCAUAUAAUUUACUGGAAUCGAACCGCUGAAAAACUAUAUGGUUAUUCUGCUGCAGAAGCUCUUGGACAAGAUCUCAUUGAGCUCCUAACAGAUGCUCAGGAUCACGAUAUUGCUAAUAACAUUGUAUACCGAGUGCUAAGGGGCGAAAGUUGGACUGGACAGUUUCCAGUUAAGAAUAAGAGAGGGGAUAGAUUCGUAGUCGUUGCUACCGAUACCCCUUUUUAUGAUGAUGAUGGUACAUUGCUCGGUGUUAUUUGUGUAUCGAGUGAUAUGCGGCCUUUUCAAGAAACAGGUCUUGCAUCGAUGGGAGUGACGCAGUUGGAAGCUGAUACAAGAUUUAGAGCCAGAACCCUUGCUUCUUCCAAACUUGGAAGUGAUCCCCAGCAGCCUCUGCAAGUUUCAAUCGCCUCCAAAAUAUCUAAUUUGGCCUCAAAGGUGAGCAACAAGGUUAAGUCAAAAAUAAAGACAGGAGAGAGCAUCGUGCUUCGUGAAGGUGGAAGUGGAGAUAGUCAUUAUUCUGACCAUGCAUUUUCUGAGGCUACUCUCUCAGUCUCAGAUCACAGGGAGGAUGCAAACUCAAGUGGAGCAAGUACGCCUAGGGGAGAUGUUCACCCUUCUCCUUUUGGAGUAUUCUCUGAUCUUUCAAGAGAUUCUGGGGAUGAGGGUGAGGGCAAACAAGGGAUUUCUAAGAUCAUCACCUUGAAGGCAGAGGCGUGGAUGGCGAGGAAGAGCUUAUCAUGGCCAUGGAAAGGCAACGAGCAAGAAGCGUCAGAAGCAAGGACUACACGAUUUGUAUGGCCUUGGCUAAACAAUGACCAAGACAAUGAGUUGAAUCGCAGUAACAGUUAUAAUGCAUUGAAACCAGAGAAUCAGUUUAUUGAUACUAACCGGACAACCACCAAUGAAGCUACUGGAUCCUGGUCGUCUUCAUUUAAUGUCAACAGCACAAGCAGCGUUAGUAGCUUUGGAAGCACCAGCAGUAAUGCUGUCAAUAAGGUGGACAUGGAUACUGACAGUCUGGACUACGAAAUCUUGUGGGAGGACUUAACAAUUGGAGAACAUAUUGGAGAAGGUUCUUGUGGAACUGUUUAUCAUGGGCUGUGGUAUGGAUCGGAUGUCGCUGUUAAAGUAUUUUCCAAGCAAGAAUAUUCUGAUGAAGUGAUAUAUUCUUUCAAACAGGAGGUUUCCCUUAUGAAACGACUUCGACAUCCAAAUAUUCUUCUUUUCAUGGGUGCAGUAACUUCACCUGAACGCCUCUGCAUUGUCACAGAGUUCCUGCCACGGGGAAGUUUGUUCAGGCUAUUACAGAGGAAUUCAUCCAAAUUAGAAUGGAGACGACGGGUCCAUAUGGCUUUAGACAUAGCUCGUGGUGUGAACUAUCUUCAUCAUCUUAAUCCUCCUAUAGUUCAUCGCGACUUGAAGUCUUCAAAUCUUCUUGUGGACAAGAACUGGACUGUUAAGGUUGGGGACUUUGGUCUGUCACGUCUUAAACAUGAAACAUAUCUAGCAACAAAGACGGGUAAAGGAACGCCUCAGUGGAUGGCUCCAGAAGUUCUUNUUCUAUGGGAGCUUGCCACUGAAAAAAUCCCUUGGGAUAGCCUCAACUCAAUGCAGGUGGUUGGAGCUGUAGGAUUCAUGAAUCAGCGGUUAGAUAUCCCGAAGAAUGUUAAUCCACAAUGGGCUUCUAUAAUUGAGAGCUGUUGGCAUAGUGAGCCACAGUGCCGACCUUCAUUUCAAGAACUAGUGGAGAAACUUAAGGAUUUGCAGAGGCAGUAUAUUAUUCAGGCGCAGACAGCACGUAACGCUGGAGGAGAUAGCAGCCAGAAGGAACAGUAAAUACAUUUGUGCUCGAGUUUCAUCUGAUGAUUACUAGCAGAUGCAUUGCUAACUCUUCAAAGUUUUAUGGCUGUCGCAUGAAAGUUUGUCACAGUACACAAAUGGCUUGUGUUGUCGGAUCCUAAUUUCAGAGUAAAAAAUGACAGGAUGGCUGUUACUAAUUACAGGGAAGUCUGGUAGAGAAAAAGCAGCUGCUCUUUAUUGGAUUAGUCGAGUCAGUCGGUAACUACAUGAGUCUAACAUGAUUCUGUUCGAUGGAUUCACAGUUUGCAUCGUUAAAUAUUUUGUGGUGAAGUGAAUUCGGCUUGAAAUCAUUGUGGGUUUUAUAUGGUUAAGGCAUUCAAAUACUUGUAUAUUGAGUGAAAAAUUAGUGUUCAAGGUAGCAAGUCUUAGAAGUUGUUGAUUUUCUGA